GCAUUUCGGGCUACUGGAGGCUGAUUCGCCCAAUAAUACAAACAAGCCGCCGGACAUAGUGGAAACGGUUGAACAUGCGAAAAGCCGUUUGCUUAUGAAUUAACAAAUUCAGCCUCCAUGAAUGCAUGCUUUUGGUAUUUCCGCACUCUUUUGGAAGUGGCAGGGUAUAAUUGCGCAUGAACUGGGAUACAUUAUCCAGCACGCGUGACAAAUAGCUAAUCCUGCAAUAGGAAAUAUACAGUAACACUACAGUAUGGCAGACAGUAUGAUGAGUAAAGCAGCCACUAUGGAGAUUCCUAUUAACAGUAAUGGGGACUCUAGGAAUCUGGCCGAAGAUGACAGCCUGGAGCAGGCUGCAAAGAUUCAGUGGAGCUUAAGAGAGAAGGUAGGGAGUCCCACAGGCCUCAGGGACUUACAGCAGGUCAUGGUGUCGGGGCCCAACCUAAAUGAGACCAGCAUUGUAUCAGGUGGUUAUGGAGGUACAACAGAAGGCAUCAUUCCGACCAGCUCCAUCAAAGACCUGCGAAUGAAGUCUAGGGGUGUUAGCAUUGCCUCAAGCCAGAUUGCUGCCUGCCGAAUAGCCCACCAAUCAGAAGACAUCCCCUGUGUCCCAGGGUCCAACAUGCAUCACGGCAGUAGCAAUUCGUCCAUGACAGCAGAAGAGGCCACAAGAGGUGUUGCUGUGGAGAAAUUUGACAUCAUGAAGAAAUGGGGCCUGAACACAUAUAAGUGCACCAAACAGAUGAUCUCUGAGAGGUUUGGCCGUGGCUCACGUACUGUGGAUUUGGAGCUGGAGGCUCAGAUCGAGGUUCUGCGGGAAACCAAACGGAAGUACGAGAAUGUGCUGCAUUUGGCGCGAGCGCUAACCAACCACUUUUACAGCAUGGUGCAGACGCAGCACGCCCUCGGAGACACUUUUGCUGACCUCAGUCAGAAGUCUCCAGAACUUCGGGAUGAGUUUGGAUACAAUGCAGAAACACAGAAGUUGUUGUGCAAGAAUGGAGAGACUCUGCUCGGUGCCAUCAACUUCUUUGUGUCCAGCAUCAACACACUGGUGAACAAAACAAUGGAAGACACGUUGAUGACUAUCAAGAUGUAUGAGAAUGCCAGACUAGAGUUCGAUGCAUACAGGGCAGAUCUGGAAGAGUUGAAUAUGGGCCCACGGGACGCUGUUACUAUGGCUCGUAUCGAGGCUGCUCAGCAGCAGUACCAGAUCCACAAAGACAAAUAUGAACGUCUCCGCAGUGAUGUCAGCAUCAAGCUCAAGUUCCUGGAAGAAAACAAGGUCAAAGUGAUGCACAAGCAACUUCUGCUGUUCCAUAAUGCCAUCUCUGCCUACUUUGCUGGAAACCAGCAACAGCUGGAACAGACCCUCAAGCAGUUCAACAUUAAACUCAAACCACCAGGGGCUGACAAACCUUCUUGGCUGGAGGAACAGUGAAAGUGCCCAUUUACCCCAUUAUAUGUCUUUAGCCAUACAGAGCAACACAGUAGGACCACAAGAGACCAGCGUUCUGAGAUGCUAGCAGAGACAGGGGCUCCAACAGAGCCUCCUUCACACUAACUCUCUCUAUACUUCUCUUCCUUGAUUCUUUUUCUCCUCCUCUUCAACCUGUUCUUGCUCUGAGACUGUCUUCAAGUGUCUGAAUAGUCACCUCUAAUAUGUAACCGGUCCUAAAGGCUUCAAUCAAAUGUCAAAGGUAUCAGUUUCAGCUUCACCCCUAUAAAUAUCAUUAAUCCAACUGAAACAAUCCUUCUGAUAUAUCAGUCAGAGCAGCUGUUUUUUCCAGAUUAUCCUCAGUCUUACACUCUCUCUUUCUCUGUCAGUGACCACGUCUUUAGGAACUCUUCUUUGUUUUUCUGUGAAAAGCGUUUUAUUUUGCUACUAAUGUCUUUUUUCUGUAAUGUAGAUUUGGUCUUGUAGCUAAUGGGGGAUGCAAAUUAUUCCUAUCACAGAGCUUUCAGUGUUCAGUGUCGGUGAUUCUAACAAAGUUAUUUUAUUUUGAUAAAAUUCAGAUAUAGUUUUAUCUGAUAUUGGUAUUGCAUCCUUGUACAUUUGUAUGUUUACUAGGCUAUGGCUGUACUGGCGAGUCAAUCCUUGUUCAGUUGUCUAGAAUACUUUGAAUACAUGAAGUACUACAUUUGAUAUCUUAAAAUGAGAAAUUUAACCUCAAAAUAAUAAUACUGAAAAAUGUCAUGGACUGAAUUUCAUCAGCUGUGGGUACAGUUUCCUGCACGUUUUUCCAGAAGUUCCAGAACAUUAAUCUAAAAUCACUGUCUUUACUCAAUAUUGUUAAUUUACAGCUUUAAAUUUAUGAAGCAUGAUUGUUUUCUCUAAAGGAAAGGAUUUUUUUUUCCAGAUUUAUUUUGACAAUUAUAGUUCCAAUAGUCAUUAUGUUCCAAUGCAUAAUGCCAUAGAAUGUUUGUUUAUUUUUAAGUUAAUCAUAAAUUAAUCAAGGAUGUGUAUGUAUGACUUGUAUUUGAUUGUUUUUAACAUGGGCCAGUUUUUGAGGUCCGUUGUUACCUGCCUCUUUAUCCACCAAAAUGUGCACUAGAGUUUCUGUACUAAACUGUGUUCUGUUAACAUCAGCAAAGCCCUAAUAUUGUGCAUUCAAAUUGCGAUUGGUUCUGAUGCACCCUGUUAAAUGCCUUUAUCUGCCUUGGUUUAAAAAAAAAAAAAAAAAAAAAAAAAAAAAAAUCCACAAUGAAAUAUUUAUAUACCCAUUAAAUUCACAGUAACAUAACACUGUCAUUAGUUCUAAUGUAUUAUUCCAUUACCCUCACAAAAAAUAUAGUACAAAAUCAAAUCGAUUUUGUAGUAAUUUAACAAUAUAAACAUUUCAAAAUAUAUAUUUUUUGUAUGCAUUUUUAUUUGUGAUUAGAUGGUACACUAUAAUCAAAUUUUCAUUUACUGAAAAUAUCUACAUAAUGCUCAUUUAUAGUCUUUUUUUUCUAUAAAUUAGCAAGGUUUUUUUAUGUACUCAAAAUACACUUAGACGUGUUGUUUUUGCUUAAAACAGACUUGAUGCAGUGACAAUGGUUAGAGUGCAGGCCGUCAGAUUAUAGUUUGUCAGACUAGUUUUAUUUUUUAUUUCAUUACUCAAGAUUGAAAUAAUUACGAUCUAAUGUUCCGUACUUUUGAACAUUGCACUAAAUCUUUCUGAGCUUGAGAUGAAGCAAUAUUGAAGAUGUUUUUAGAAAGCGUAUUUUCAUGUAUGCCUAUAUUGGCUGUCCCUCGUGUGUUUCUGCAUGGCAGGUCUGAUUAGUUGUACAUUUCCAUGCAUUGUGAUUCAAUCCUGUUCAAUGUAUCAGUAAAGCACUACAUGGGUAGUAGUGCAGCAAAACGUUUCUAGUAAAACAAACGGAAAGGUUUCUUGUAUAUGUUAAAGAAUGGCUUGAAUUUUCGUUUAAAUGUCAAUUGUCAACUGUUAUUAUUAUUUUAAUUAUUUGUGUUAAAUUACAUUUAAAUUAAUAGCUUAAAUUCAUUUAGAUUAUAAGGACCACAUGGUAACCCUAGAAGAUAAUUUUUUUUUUAAUCAAGUAUUUAGUUUUUUAUGUCCUGUUUUUGUUUGUCAGGCUGCAGUGAUUAUUUUCAUGUUCAGAUCUGGAGAAAAGGGUUCCAUCUUGAGCCCCGAGACUGAAUUGAUUCAGUGAUGCACAUUUGUACCAGACCAAUGGGAUUUUAAAUUUAGACACACCUUUUCUUUUAGAUCAAAUGCAUCUAUUAGGGGUUUUUUUUUAAUUAUUAUUAUUAUUAUUACUAUUCUGGGAUUAUUGUUCUAUUAUUUAGAUUUCUGUUAACAGAAGUGUUUGACAUUGAAAUGCGUACCCCAUUAGUAGUUUUAGAUAAUAGCAGAAUGAAAGGGUUAUAAAUAUUAACAUAUUUAUACAAUCAAUAUUUUAGGCUGCUUUGUGGUAUUGUAGUUUAUGAAUGAUUGUAUAUAUGUAAAGAUAAUUGACAGAUUUUGAAACUGGAAACCCAUGAUGUUAGCCUUUGCUCCUGGCUUUGACCAAACCUUUGACCAACGUACAAGAACCCAACAGAUAAAAUUUGAAAAGUUUGCAAAAUGG